CAACAUCAUUUAUUUAUCAAGCUUCAUUUUUUUCAGGAACCAGCUAUUAUUUUAUUCAAAUCCAGUAUAUCAUGAUUAAUUGAUUGAAAAUAUUAGUUGCCUCGUUCUCCAACAACCUCGUAACGAUAUAGUGGCAUUGUCAGGCUACUCUUGCAAUAACUCUCUGCCCACCCACCAUGGAGGCAGCCAGGCAAGCUUGGGAGCUUGAAAACUCCCUUCAGCUCAUUGACCCACACCGCGAUGCGCUCUACAACUACGACCCCGCCGCCCAUUCCGCCCUCACAGCUCAAAGGCCCUGGUCAAAGGACCCGCAUUACUUUAAACACAUCCGCAUCUCUGCCGUCGCAUUGCUAAAAAUGGUCAUGCACGCGCGCUCCGGCGGGAGCAUAGAAGUCAUGGGCCUAAUGCAAGGCUACAUCGCCGCCAACACCUUCAUCGUCACCGACGCCUUCCGCCUUCCAGUCGAGGGAACGGAAACCCGCGUCAAUGCCCAGGAAGAGGCAAAUGAGUAUAUGGUCACCUAUCUACAGGCAUGUCGGGAUUCGGGGCGACAUGAGAAUGCCAUUGGUUGGUAUCACAGCCACCCGGGCUAUGGGUGUUGGCUGUCAGGCAUCGACGUCUCGACACAAGAUACCCAGCAGAAAUAUUCCGAUCCUUUUGUGGCCGUUGUGAUAGACCCCGAUCGCACGAUCUCGGCCGGCAAAGUUGAGAUUGGCGCCUUCAGGACGUUUCCGAAGGACUAUACGCCGCCUAAGAACGAGCAUGAGGACGACGACGAGUACCAGAGCAUCCCGUUGCAUAAGGUGGAAGAUUUCGGCGCGCAUGCUGCCCAAUACUACUCACUAGAGGUCUCGCAUUUCAAGAGCACGCUUGAUACCAAAAUACUUUCGUUGCUGUGGAAUAAGUACUGGGUUGCGACGAUUAGCCAGAGUCCGCUGUUUACAAAUCGCGAGUAUGGGAGCAAGCAGAUUCAGGACCUGGGGCAGAAGAUGAAGAAAUCUACUUGGCACAUUGAUCAUAAUUCGUCGCGGGGUGGUGGGGGUGGCGGCGCUGCGUUACUAGUGAAAGACCAGCAGCUGGAUAAGGUGGUUAAGGAGGGACAGCGGAUUGUGGGCGACGAGCUGAAUGGGCUUAUGGCUGCUGAGAUUAAGAAGGCGUUGUUCUAUGGCGUGGGACAGGGUAAAACGAAAAGCGCCUCAGAUGAACAGGCACUGGAGGCGUAGCGUUUGUUCAAGACUUAUUUCCCUCUUUACAGUGCCACCUAUUUUAUGACUCGCAUUUUUCCAUACCAGUUUUGUUCUGCAUGUAACGCAUGUCUGCGCUUGCUCUAAUGACACUUAACGCCAUGACAAUAGAGUUGAAAAUGUUCUUUUCUGCUCAGAGGUCCCUUUCAUGCUAUUAGUUUGGUCAGGGUUUUCUUAAUAUAUCCAUCACAGGUGGGAAUUUAACUUCUCUUGUUCGACUGAACGAACAUGCAUCAGCUUCAGGGUGUAGAGGCAGAGCCUUAUGGACCGGCUACCCCAUAAAACCUACGGAAAAGAAGAACCUCUUUGAUAUUCAUUCAUUCAUUCCAUUCAUCUCGACUUUUCUUUUCAGCUAUCUAAUUAGCUAACGCUUUCAAUAUAACAUCACAUUAAAGCCCUUUUCCCGUCUCAAGGUAUACAUCAAUCAAUAAUCAAAUCUUCAACGAAAACAAUGCUAGUUUCAC